GUGCGUUUCAGUGAGAGUGUAGAGGAAACUGCAAAGGUUCGGUUUUCAGUGUUCAUCGAGUAAAGCAGUUACCGUCUCUAUUUCAGUCUCGCUCUGAAUCUCCACCUAAAUUCAAUUUUUCUUACUCCUUGGUUGCAGGAUCAGGAUCCAAUGGCUACUUUGAGGAAUCUAAAGAUAAAGACAAGUACUUGCAAACGCAUAGUUAAGGAGCUGCAUUCUUAUGAGAAGGAAGUUGAGAGAGAAACUGCAAAAACUGCUGACAUGAAGGAGAAGGGUGCUGACCCUUAUGAUCUCAAGCAGCAGGAAAAUGUGCUGGCUGAGUCUAGGAUGAUGAUUCCUGAUUGCCACAAGCGCCUUGAGGCAGCACUCGCGGAUUUAAAAGGAGCAUUGGCUGAGCUAGAGGAAUCAAAUGAGAAGGAAGGUCCUGAAAUCGAUGAUGCUCAAAACACCAUUGCUGAAGUUGAGAAAGUAGUUGGAACUACUGAAGCUUAGCUAGGUAGUUUAACCACUGCUUUUGAUGGUAGAAAUUGAACUUGUAUUACAUAGCUUCCAUCUCUCAGAAACAACCGUACAUGGGGAUAGGUUAUGAAACUUGUUUAACAAGAUUUAAUCUUCUCUAGUUAUGUGCUGUUGAACAUUUGAAAAUGAAUGAAUAUGACAUCUUCUAUAAGCCUCAUAA